GCUAAAGUUAAUGUCAAAUUCGUGCGAAUUCGGAAAUAAUCAUUCUAUAUCAAAUGUGUUUGCGAGGAGGUCAAUUUAAGAAUUUUGCUUUCAAAAUGGAAUCAUCUAAAACUGCAAAUAUGAAAACAUCGCAAUUUGAGAUUCUGGUGGAGUUCAUGAUGAAGCAACCAGAUUUAUCCAUGGGGUAUUUAAAAACACCCGAAGCGAGACAAAAAUCAAGACAUUUGUGGACCAAUUUAUCCGAAGUAUUAAAUGCUGAAGGGCCCCCGCAACGUGAUGCAGUGGGAUGGAAAAAGGUUUGGGCUGACUUCAAAGUACACACCAAAGCCAAGUUGAGGAAAAAUAAAAUUAAUUUGUCCGGAACUGGUGGUGGUCCGCCUAAAUAUCAUUCCCUUACUCCAUUGGAAGAAAAGGUCAGUGAGUUGCUCGACUUAGGUCAAGCAAUCGACGGAAUGAAUGGUUCCUUAAGCUUCGGCUUGCAUGAUAUUAGCAGCAUUCAGGAACAACUUGCAGAAGCAGAUGAUGGAGAUGCAGACAUUAUAUAUAUGUUAAAUGACGUGGUUGAUAACUCAGAAAUCAAUUUAAACGAUGUUCUGAGCACUGAAAAAGAAAAUAUCCCACAACAGCGAAUAACACCAAAAAAACGACAAACAUCACUCCUCAAAAAAUAA